AUGGCGGAGGAAGGGCAUCACAACCUAUCGAUUACCAUCCCCGAUACCACGCGACCUCAAACUGCCCGCAAGGAUUCGCGCAAAGUCCCCGGUGGCUUUAGCUUCGACGACAUAGAUGAUUUGUCGCCAGACAAGGAAACCUUUGACGAUUCUAUAUUUGCGAAUGCGCUGGCACAUCAAGAGAACAAUCGAGUCCCGCCCCUCGAUCCUACAACCCUCCCCUCCCUACCCCCGCCAACCGACAGCAGUUUCUUAUAUUAUCACAACCAGAGCGGGAGUGGAAACGGAAGCGAUGCGCACCCGGAUACGUUGGACGAGAGAGAAUUGCAUAGGCAUUUGAAUGAUAUAGAGUCUAGCUUUGUAGCUGCUCCAGAGACCAUUGGUUUCCAGGACAGCAAAGGAUGGGACGAUACAUAUCUUUUCGACGGGGCGCGAAAACCAGAACCACCAAAAAUCCCUUCGAGAGGCAAUACCUCUGGCAGAAAUCCUAUAUAUUCAGAUGGCAAUAUAUCCUCGUCGCCUCCCACACCCGAUAAUGCAUACAAGACCCCAGGUCUAACCAGCAGAGACUCAAAUUCGCAAGAAACUACAAUGGAUGUCGGAAAUACCACCUCGUCCCUUGAAACAAUGUCAUCUUCUCCUACGGCCGCUGCUGCAGCUAGAACGGUAUCACGAGCAAUAUCAAUGGCAGGCGUGGGAGGGGAAGGGGAAGAGGGAGAGGGAGAGGGAGAUACUAGCGGUUUGAGUUUGCAGGACUUUUCGGAGAACGAGGGCGGUGGUGAUACUGAGACAACACCGACAAAAGACAAUUCAUUACUUGAUUCUACAGACUCUCGACCAUCCCUCCGUGAGCGCUUGUCAAGCCAGAGUCUCAAUAUUGAUGCUGGAAGUACACCAGGAGCGGCAUUGAUGAAUCGGAAGUUGUCUGGAAAACGACCCAAAUUCCUUCGAAGUAGACAUGCAAGUCAUCAUUCCUCCGUCUCGUCAAUUGCUACAAAUCAAGAAUCCCAGGACGGAAGUGAUAUGACCCUUGGUGCCGACUAUGCACUUCAAUCCGGCGGAGCUGUACCCGCGGCUGGGUUUUCUCGUUCGGCCAGCAUGGCACUGUCCCGAUCUAUAAGCUUGGGCAGCAUGGCUUCGGGAAUUGAGGAUUUCUCUGGUGAAUCUUCAGGUCGCGUACUAGACGCGAGCCUUGCCACGCUGACGGAAGAGGAGCAAAAUCGUGAACGAAUAAGCGGCCAAGAUCUUUCCCCUCCGGAGACUCCCCGAGCCACGAGCACGAAUAGAUCCAUGGCUGCACCUACAGAUACCAUUAUUGCGCGACAUGUGCGUAAUGUUCAGGUUCCGGAAUCCCUGGCAAAGGAAUAUCGUAGUAAGAGCGGUGUAUCGUCGCCUAAGCGAUCAGGGUUUGCUGUGUCAACGCUCGGGCGUAAUGGGAAGAAUCUUACUCUGAAGGAACAAAGCAGUACCAUUGAGAGGCUUUCGAAGGAAAACUUUGAUUUGAAGCUCAAGGUUAUGUUCCUUAGCGACCGCCUGGACAAACUUUCAGAGGAAGGUGUCAAGGAAAUGAUAUCUGAAAAUGUUGAGCUCAAAACUGGUCUUGCUGUUAUGCAACGAGAUAACAAAGCUUUGAAGCGGAAAGUGAAAGAGCUCGAGAAGCAACUCAAGGCUGACGAAGAGAGGCCGAGUACAGCUGUCUCCGGGACCUCGGCUGGUGACCAACCAAGCCCGCGAUGGUUUGAUCAAGAAGGUGCUCAGGAGCGAGAAGAAGAACUUUUCUAUCUCCGAGAACGGGUCGAGGAAUAUGUCACGGAGAUAGAGAAGCUGCGAAAAGAUGGUUUGGCUCGAGAGAAUGAGAAAAGAAAUCUUGCCGAAGUGGUACGGAAUAUGGGUGAACGGCGUGGAAAUCUCGAAGCACGGGAAGAGAUGGAUGUUUGGAAGGAUCUCUUAGAGCAAGAGACUGCACAUCGGGAGCAGGUAGAUGAAGACAACAAGAAGCUUCGCGAAGAAUUGUACCGCCUAAAGAGCGAGACAGCGUCUUCUGUUGCUGGACUCAGUCACACCACCAACGUUUACAACAUCACGAAGAAACGCGCAGGCUCCACAUCAAGACCGCGGUCGGAGAUAUCAGACUCCAUAGAGGACCGCAAUCUCAGUGCUGCCAGCACCUUGGUUGAGGAACUGAGAAAAGACUGUGAUCAGUUGAGGCACGAGAAUGGCGAAUUAAAGCGUGAAGUUAGCGCGCAGACUUCAAUGCUUACAUCGCGGAAUCGCGAGAAAGAGCGUCUUUACCAGGAGAUUGAGGACCUGAAGCUCGCUCAUCGCAGGGGAGGUUCCGUUGCCCCAGAUAGCGUUAUUCUUGAAAGAUCGGCGUCACGAACUCAUCAGCGACCACUAUCACGAGCCAGUAAUAUGACAAGACAAACCAAUCUAGAUGAUUUGGAAAGGGAAGAUCUCGAGAACAAAAAUGCCGAACUUCGAGACCGGAUUAAUGGCCUCAAAAUCCAAAAUCAAGAUCUUCAACGCGAACUUGAAUCAUGCAUGGAAGACUUUGAGCUGGCUGUCGAACAGAAGAAGCAGGCUGAGGAUCUUGCAAAUGAAAUGCAGAAUGCUCUCGAAGUUGCUGAGAGUGAGCUUCUCGAAAUGCAAGCUGAGCGCGACGAAGCACUUCAAGGACAAGAUGAAGCCGAGCACCUUUUUGAAUCCCUUCGCAAAGAGGCUCAAGAAGAGCUCGAUAGUUACGCUGCUGAGACCGAGGCAGCUCAAUCUGAGAUUGAGCGUCUUCAGAACGACUUGGCUGAUUCGACGGAGAAUUUUGCGGCCUUGCAGAAUGAAAUGCGGGAGAUGAGUGAUAGCGUUGUUAGAUUGGAAGAUAGCGAUGAGAACAAGUCAAGGCGAAUCGACGAUCUAGAACGAGAUCUAGAAGACGCAACUCGGGAGCUCGAGCAGAUGGAGAAAAGCCUCCAGGAAUCUAACGACAAAAUCAACCACCUGACCGUUCAGCGCGAAUCGAGUCAGAGUGAGAUUGCUUUCCUUAGGGAGGAACAAGACGGCGAUAAGAUCAAGAUCGGCGACCUCGAAGCUGGCAUAAGGAAAUACGAGCAGAAUUUGCGUGACGAGAGAGAACGUGUUGCUGAGCUUGAGCAGCGGAUGAAGAAUGAACGUCAUCAGCGCGAGAUCCUUGCUGGCAAGAAACAAUCAGAGGUAGAGAAACAGUUUGAGAGAUUCAACCGUGAGAACAAUGGCCUCAGAGACGAGGUUCAGAGAUUUAAGACGAAGUUGCACGAUGCUGCUGGAGACGCCGCUAGCAAUGCACAAAAGGUCUUGGAGCUUGAGACUGGUCUCAGACAGGCACUUGGUGAUCUUCACGGGACCAAGUCUAGCCUGGUUGGCUCAGUCAAUAAACUCACGUCGACGCUGAAUGAAACGGUAAGGGACGUCGAUAAUCUCAAACGAAUUCUUAACGACAAAGACCGUUCAAUCACCAAUAAAGAUGAGCAACUCGAAACCCAGGCUCUCGAAUUACGCCGGCUGGCUGAUAUCGCCGAGAGAGAACGUCAAGCUCAUCGCAAUGUCGCACACCAGUUUGAAACAUACCAGAAGACCACUCACCACACGUCUCGUACCCUCACUCAGCAAGAAAUCCGCGUUUCGGAACUUGAGUCUAUCCGCAACAACAAUCUUAAGAAGAUUUCUAACCUAGAGAACCAAUUGCGAGAUCAAAUGACGGAACGAGGCGUAAUCUUGCUGAAAAUGUGGGAUAAGCUCAGUACUUUGUGUGGCCCCGAAUGGACUCACAAUAACAGCCUCAUUAAUGGCCGUGCUCUCCCAUCCCUCGAAUCAAUCACUGCCAUGCUUCCUGGGUUCGCCAAGAAUCUUUACGCAGCAGUCAAGACAAUCGAAACAAUGAUGGGUGACUUCAAAACACGCAUCCACAAUGUAGAGAAAACCCUCUGGAAGGAAUACCAGACCCUUGAGGAAAACCUAGAAAUCCGGACUAAGCGUCUGGAUCGUCUAGAGACAAUGUCGCGUAGCGGUAUUCCUACCGUGCCUGGGGAUGGGAAAGCGGAAAUUCACAAGCUGAGGGACAGUAACCGUGCGCUGAAGACUGAACUCUCCCAUCUCCGAGCACAGUAUGAUGUCCGAUCCAAUGUCUUUAAUCACCAGAGCCCAAGCCCCUCGAUCCCUACAGGCCCACGCACCAAAGGCUUGGAGAAGACGAGUCGUAACUCGACGAUGACUCGCGCUAGCUCUUCUUCUGCCGUUGAGACUAUUGAUCGCAGAAGUGGCACCAGCAGCGGGACCUGUAGCAGGUUGGCGCCCAUGCCCACGCCAUCGGCAUCGGAUGACAAUAAAGUUUGGCAGUUACGCUUGCAUGAGAUGACGAGCAAGCUCAAGGCGGAGCGGGAGGGCAGACUAGGUGAUCGGGACGGGGCGAUGCAGAGGCUAAAGGAUGCGGACGAGCAGGCGAAGCAGGCUGAGAAACGGAUUCGGGAUCUGGAGACUGAAUUGGGGAGGAGGUCGGGAAUGGAAAUGGGAAGGUGA